GUAACACGCUCAAACAUGUCACGGUCAUUCUUUGUAGAUACGUUAAUAAGUGAUUCUAAGGAGUGCAAGAAAAGUGAUAUCUCAAAUCAAGUCCAUAGCUUUAACAUGACAAACCCAAUUGAUACCCGGCCAAAGUUCUUACCUUAUCCAUACCCGUUGAACAAUCUUCUAACUCUUGGGCUUCAUCAGCAGCAGAGAGCCCCGGACCUAUUUAGACCGUUUCUGGAGCAUUUGAACUUUAGAUAUCCAUUGCUGCAGCAACUGCCCCGACAUCCGGAGUUCUUCGAAGCAACAAGUGAGCGAUCCUACGAUCCUUUUAUUAAGACUGAAGAUCAAGAGCCUAUCAACUUUGUGAAUCGAAGGAAGAAGUCUGUGUCACCAUAUCUGCAUCAUCCGUACAAGUCGACAGCAACAUCACCAUCUAAAAGCCAAGGUCAGAGAUCACCGUCAUUGUCCAGCGAAAGCCGCAAUGGAACACCAAGUCCUCCACUAGGGCACCCUGAGGAGCUAUUGCCAGGGUACUCCAAAGAUCUCAAACGCGUCCCACUAAAAGAAGACUCCAGCAAGCGUAUACGUACCGCAUUCACUGGUACUCAACUCCUCGAGUUGGAAAGAGAAUUUUCGAUGAAUAUGUAUCUGUCCAGAUUGAGACGUAUUGAGAUCGCCUCACGGCUGAAGCUGUCCGAGAAACAAGUGAAGAUCUGGUUCCAGAACCGCCGUGUUAAGUUGAAGAAGGAAGAGAGCCCGAUGUCCAGCGAUGGUAAGACCAAAAAGUGCUGCUGUGCCAAGUCCUGUUCAUCAAAAAGUGCCGAAUCUUGUGAUAAUGAUCAAGAACAGAUAGAUGUUGUAAGUGAUAAUGACUCAACUAAUUACGAAGCGCACAAUCUUUCGCGUUACGCUUAA